AUGGGUAAAGUAGGAGUCCUAACUUCCCAAAGAAAAUGGAUCAAUGAAGAAGUAACAAUUAUGGUAUAUGGGAAAAAAUAUUACAAUCUGGGUGUAGUCGAGUAUACGGACGAUUGGUCUCCUUUUCAUCCAGCACCAUUCGAUAAAGUUGAAGAAGAAUCGGAUGAUGACAAGGUGGGUUUGUCAGAGGAUGAAUCAGAAGAUGAAAAGGAUGUAGAAGGUAUAUUUGAUACGUGGAUGGGAGAGGAUAAUGCUGAUGUAGAAGAAGGUGAGAUUGUACAGGAAAAUGUGAACUUAACCGGGAGGGUGGAGGAAACAUCAACACCGGUGAAAUCUUAG